AUGAGCGACGAGGAGGCUCCACCGCCUUACUCGGCCACCGACCCUUUGAAUGCGGCAAAUAACCGCAACGGCAAUUCGUCGCGGCCUAUACCUCUACGCGACAAUGCGCAAGCACAAGAAGCUGGCAGCUCAGGGUUACCAGAGCCUGGUCCUUCAACUCCAUCUGUUGUGCCAACACAUUUCUUCUCCGCCGUCACAUAUUUCGAGCAACGCCCGCCAACAGUCAUAGACGACAGCCGAGGCCUUUUGGAUCACCAUAUGACCAUAUACCCCCGCAGCCAAGCAAAAGACUUUCCUAGGCGGCCCCGCUGCUGGAAUGACCAAUUUGGCGAGGUAAUCCAGCAGGACUGGGACACUUUCCUCCGCUAUCUUUUCCCUGCCCAAUUGGGCUUGGCUGCUGCCUCGCAGCACUUGCCCCGGCAGCUCCGAGCGGAGAUCCAGCGGGAUCGCAAGGACCGCCCGCAGGAGACCGAUGAGCAGCGCCAUGCACGGAUUACAGCUGUCGUGGACGAAUGGAAUCAAUGCUUCUUUGAGCCACGCGCUACCCGCAUUGUCUUUGUCUAUGUCGGCGAGCCCGAUGCCGCACCCACUUCUGCGCUGUGUCCUCGAUGUUACCCAGCUGCCACGAAGGCUACCCAGGGCACCGGCACCCCGACCUCCAUGGAAAGCCAAGCACCGGCCAUAGCCAAUGCGCCGUCGCCAGUUGGGCAGCCUUCACCCUCGCCAACUUCGUGGCAUAUGCCUCAAUACUCACCUUUUGGGACACCGCAACAUAUGCCCUACGGCACUCCGUACGGUGUUCCGCCAUUUACUGCACAUGCAACACAGAAUGGCCAACCUUCCCAGUACUAUACACCGCCGCCUCCAGGGGCUGCUCCGUGGCAAUGGCAGCCUUGGGGCUAUACACCGCCACAAUUUGGUCCGUCAGGGACAUCCAAGAGUGGACCCCUUGGCUGGAUCUCCAAUAUUACCUCCCAGGCGCAAAAGUACGGCGAGCGGUUUGCUGAACAGGCGCAACAUUAUGGCGACCAGAUCAGCUCACAGGCCAUGCAGUAUGGAAGGCAGGUAGAAGAGCAGGCGAUGGCGCAUGGAUGGUGGAUCGAAGAUCAGGCCAGACUUCAUGGCCGUAAGCCGAACGUAUACCCGUCUGGAUAUCCGCCUGGAUAUCCGCCUGCUGCAUGCAAUGGGGGACCGCCAUGGAGUCCCGCCCCAGCUGGACAAACAGGCCAGAUAGGCGGAGUUGCACAUAAUCGGCCGACAUCAACAUUGACAUCGACAUCGACACCGACGUCACCUACUACCACCACGACCCCUGUCAAUACCACAGAAAACCGACCUUCACCUCAACCCCAGCCAGAGGCUCAACCCAAGCCUCAAAUCCAAAGUGACCAUAAGUCUCUCUCGCGUUCUUUCCAACGUUCUCGCCGCGCCUCUACCAGCUCUGUCUCUUCCGUAUCAUCACUCAGCUCAAUCGAUUCGCUAUCCACAACCUCCGACCUGGACGCCUCAGACCUAGCCAACAUUCGCACGCAACUCCAGUCUCUCCAUGACCGUCACGACCGCACCCUCUACGAAGCCGCAGUCGACCUACGUCGACAACUAUCCCUCCUGGAAGAAUCCCGCCGCGAAGCCCGCACAUCUGGCCGUCGAAACUGGCGCAAUGGCCCCCAAGGCCCGCAAACAGAUAGCACAGACUGGGGACGAUGGGAAUCUCCCGAACAACAACAACGCGAGGCCACUGAGCGCCGAGCAAUGAAAGAGGAAAUGCGGGCCACCAAGAAGGCCUUCCGAGACGUCAUCCGCCGUGCCCGCGACGAACAGCGCGAUAAGCGACGAGCCCGGAAGAAUCGUCUUCGUCAUACUCGAGCUCAACCUCAACCUGAAAGUAAGCCUCAAGAUGAGAUUCUGCUCGAUGGACGAAUGGCAGCUCUCGCUGUUGAAGAGCCUACAUUCCGUCCACCGGCACGGAGCCACACCGAGCCUAUUUCCCAAGCUCAUCGGCCUCAGCCUGCUCCUCUCCGCUCUGAUGCAAGCUCGGAAGUUAGUGUGCCUGGUGCUAUUAAGACACCCUUGUCUGCGUCCAUGAUCAAUGCGCAUGGUUCCCCAGCUGGGGUUCCGGAUAAGAAGUCGAAGUUGAAGCAGAUGCUUAAGUCGAGGAAUAUAAAGAAGCAGCAAAAGGCUGAGAAGGAGACCGAGCAGGACAAGUCUAAGAAGGACGGUAAAUAA